GAGACAGAGCGGGAGAGUACCAGGAGGCAAGAGGAAGAGAAAGUGUGCACGAGCUGGUAGCAGGCACAAAAAGCACGCAGACACACGCGCGCACACACAUAAACGCAUGCACACGCAAACCGAGGGAAGGAAGGAAGCAAGGACGAGAGGACCUUAGAAGCUGAAACACAUUCUGCAUACAAGCAUCGCAGGAGCUGUGGCUUUCUCUCUGGAACCAGUGAGAAGAGGGAGCAUGCGUGUGUGAGUGUGUGUGUGUGUGAGAGAGAGAGCGCGUGCGUUUGUGGGCUGGUGUGUGUGUGUGUGUGUGUGUGUGUGUGAGAGGGGGAGUAGAUGAGGGAGACAGAGGGCUUCAGCUGCUUCUGCUGAGGGCUGUGUGUGCAGAGGAUGAUCAGCCAGCGCCGACUCUGUCGCUCUUGUUGCCGGGAUCGUUGUCGUGGUGCGCCAUUAUUGUCGUCGUCAACAACGCCCCCCACCGCCGCGCUCACACACUCUGCUUCCUGUCAGGGGGAGAUAUGAGCUCCAAGCACUCUUCUGACUGGAUCCCUUACAGCACGCUGGAUGAUGAAAGCAGUAACCUCCGGCAGCAGAAACUGGACAGACAGCGUGCUCUGCUGGAGCAGAAGCAGAAGAAGAAGCGACAGGAGCCUCUGAUGGUCCAGUCCAACGUAGAUGGACGGUCGCGUGCUCGCCGGACCAAGCAGUCUGAGGAACAGGCCCCGCUGGUGGAGUGCUACCUCAGCAGCAACAGCAGCACCAUCUACCAUGUGCAAGAGGCCGAGCAGGAGGAGGUAAAGCCGCUGGCUGAGCCGCCGCGCUCCGCUAAAAAGGCCAAGGCCAGUGGCUCCACCCCGCAGACCGGCAGUGGCAAGAAGGAGAAAAAGGGGAAGCAAAAAGGCAUCGACGGUCCGGCUGCCUUCCAAGACGAGGCGCAGAACCUGGACAGUCAGAUCCAGAUCCUGACGGUGGGUCACCUGUCCUCCGACGAGGCCGAGAGCGACAGUGUGUGCAGCACGCAGACCCACAGCAAGCAGGACCUGCGGGUCACCAUGCUGAAGAAAGGGAUUUCGAGCAGCAUGAACUUUGACGAAGAGGAGGAUGAUGAUGAUGAAGUCAGCUCGAGUUCGUCGCAGCUCAACAGCAACACGAGGCCAGGCUCGGCCACCAGCAGGAAGUCUUGUAAGGAGGCAGCGUCUGCAUCCACCCCGGUCGUGUGUGAGCCGGCCGUUGAUGUGGACGACCUGGAGGAGUUUACGCUGCGGCCGGCGCCGCAGGGCAUCACGGUGAAGUGCAGGAUUACCCGCGACAAGAAGGGCAUGGACCGGGGCAUGUACCCCACCUACUACCUACACCUGGAGCGGGAAGAUGGCAAGAAGGUCUUCCUGUUGGCUGGACGGAAGAGGAAGAAGAGCAAAACAUCGAAUUACCUCAUCUCCAUCGAUCCCACGGAUCUGUCUAGAGGAGGAGAGAGCUUCAUCGGGAAACUGAGGUCCAACCUCAUGGGUACCAAGUUUACAGUAUACGACAGCGGGGUGAACCCUGUGAAGACCACCUCCAGCUUAGAGGCCAGCAACCUGCGGCAAGAACUCGCAGCCAUUUGCUACGAAACCAACGUUUUAGGGUUUAAAGGGCCGAGGAAGAUGAGUGUCAUCAUUCCUGGGAUGAACAUGGACCAUGAAAGAGUAUCUAUCAGACCACGCAAUGAGCAUGAAACCCUGCUGGCGCGAUGGCAGAACAAGAACACAGAGAGCGUGAUCGAGCUGCACAACAAGACCCCGGUGUGGAACGACGACACCCAGUCCUACGUGCUCAACUUCCACGGCCGGGUCACGCAGGCCUCCGUCAAGAACUUUCAGAUCAUCCAUGACAACGACCCGGACUACAUUGUGAUGCAGUUUGGUCGCGUGGCGGAGGACGUUUUCACUAUGGACUACAACUAUCCCAUGUGUGCCCUUCAGGGCUUCUCCAUUGCACUCUCCAGCUUUGACAGCAAACUGGCCUGUGAGUAGCGCCCCUCCCUCCACCCCCAGACGUCCACAACCAGACGCAGACCCAGGGGCGCUCCACUGGCCGCCCCCGAUCGCCACUAAUGGCUGUGGGGCCCUCUGCAGCCCAUGUCUCCCUGCUCUGGAGGGCAUGGAGAGUUCAAGAUACACUGUGUACGAGUGACUCUGUGUACAUGAAUGUGUGUGGGCGUGUGUGUGUGUGUGUGUGUGUGUGUGUGUGUGUGUGUGUGUGUGUGUGUGUGUCUAUGUCUAUGUGUGUGUGUGUGUGUGUGUGUGGUUUCUCUGGCUCUUCGGGCCUUAUUGCUCCAGAUCAGGACAUUACUGCAGGAAUAAGCACAAAGACUUCACCACAAGACACCCAACAAACAAACUACAGUUGACAGAGACCACCACCACCACAAUGAGGACACAAAAGAACUGUGAUGAUCUUAACCAGUUUUUGUUAUUAAUGUUACUCACACGCCACUGGUUUGUUGUCUUUCUUGAAACUGAAGUCAUUUUAGGCGACCACUGACACCCCUGCUGCCAAGCUUAUAUUAACCCUCUGAUAUUAACCAGCUACGUGAGGAGUUUUUGAAAUCUCACACCAUACUGUACGAGUAUCUGACAUAGACUCAUGUGUGUAACUAACCACUCACCUCACUCGCACAAUGUAGCAUACCCUGCUGGCCCCUGUGUCCUGAUUAAGCGCCACUGCGAACCAUUCGGACAAAUCUUGUCUUUUAACGUUUUUCAGCUCUUCGAUGGAAUCUCAUUUUCAGGGCCGCUCUCCAUCAAGUGCAGAUUCAGUAAGACAGGAUACUACAGCCUAACGUUUUUCUACGGCAUGUCACUGUUGACAUCUCCUGCAGUCACCCUUUAUACUGCUACACAGACGUUUUGAUAGGCCACACGUGAUGUAUCAUAUUUGAUAAUAGGUUUCUUGAUCAAUUUUAAUAGCUCUCAUGUAAUAAUUUCAAAGCUGCCAUAUCACUUAUGGAAGGCAAUGGCUUUGUUUUCAGUUGAACGCGGUAUCAAAUGUUAUCAUCCUAUUUAUUUAUUUAAAUAUAAGCAGUGCAACAUAGUUUACUGUAAUAUAAUUGAUCGACCACCGAAGAAUUGUACCACUCUUAAAUAUCAGCACUAUGAUUAGAUCACUCUGCGUUAAACCAACAAGAAUUCUUGAUCUAAGGACCUCAUUAAAAGUUUCAAAACAAAUAUUGAUAAAUAAAGAGGUUUGUUCCAAAGGCUAUAUCCUCCAUUUUAAUGAAUUUGCAUUAAUCAUUUUUUUAAUUAUUUUAUUUUGUUUUUCAGGUAAUAUCAGUGGAACUGCAGUCGGGUUAUUGUUAUUUGAUUUAUCUUUACACACAACUGCAAUUGUAUUGAUAUUUCCUGAAAUGCACAUUAAAAAACAUGAUUUAUGAAUAUUCUUAAAAAAUAUAUAUUCUUAAAACUCUUCAAAUAUAUACUACAGUCUACACCAUCUGGCACCCAGAAACAGCUUUUGGAGUAGACGAAUGUAUUGGAUGGAGCACUUUAUCCAGGGUUUACGGUGUAUGUUACAUAGCUGUAAAUAUCGUGCCUUCGAAAAAAUGGAAUCUAAAAGGUCAUGCUUUAACUCACUAAAAAUGUUUCUAUUUGUGUCUCCUGGAGGAGGCUUGAGGAUGCCCCUCUCUCUCAGCCUCAGGCCGACUGCCAUCACUGGCUUGAGUGUGUCUUUCUGUACUCGACAUUUCCUGAGUCCCUGGGCUAUUUUCAGAGGAUCACAUGAUGCUGAGGUCAUUCUUCCAAUGCCCCACUUUCAUAUAUGAUAGGGCCUAGCCUUCUCUUCUAAAUAUCCUUCUACUCUUCUACGUUUACCAAGUAGAUCACGUGUCAUACUCUCACCCCACGUCCGGGUUAUACUGUUGCUUGGAACACAGAAUCGUAUACGAUAACAAUGUUUCUCUAAAGAUUUUGCUUUUCAAAAAAUUAAUCAAUGUUGGAAUGAGACUACUAAUGGUAAUUUUAAAUGAAGCUGAGUUAUCUUUCCAUGUUAGCACACAAUCUGCAUUUUAAGAAAGGUAAUCGACAUUUUUGUUUUUCUUUGUUUUUCAGACACAGGUGCAUAGUUCUGACAUUGCUCAAAUUCACUACUGGGCGGUAUGCAUCUCAGCCCUCUUACCCUGGUGGUCAUUUGUAAUAAGAGAGCUACUAAUCAAUUUCCACUCCAAUUUCCUUUGCAUUUGGUACUCCUUUUAAAAACACAACACAACAUUCUCAAAAGGCAGAACAGAAAAGGCCUGACAUGCAGCAACAGUUUAAAAACUUAGCAUUUGGAAUUUAGCAUUUCUCUAUAACUAGUUCUCUUUGCCACCAUAGUAUUGUUUUAGAACUUCAGUGUUUUUGGUGAUGAGCUACUACGGUAAAAAGUGGCAUUCGGGCACCAGAGCCGGUGAAAGGGCACCACUGCUGUACUGUAUGUAUGUGGGGAAAUGAACUGCAGCAUCAGACUCGAUAUUUAACAGAUAUCUCUCUCUUCAUUUCACUUCAUAAGGCUCUUAUAAGGGGCUGCCCAUACAUGAUUCCUCAAGCCCAUAAGGGUGGUUGAUGAUGGUUAUUUUGUAAUUCUUUUUCUAGUGAUAUGUUUUGCCACAAAAGGAAAAUGGAAUUAAAAGGCAAACUGCAAUUUAGUACACCCCAUCCCUGUAAAUUUGACAGAAACAACACAUAUUUAAUUGGUAUUUUUCCAGUGCAAGACUGGGUCUGUCCAAGGCUUUUUUCUGUACUUAAAUUGUGAGAUGUUCUUAACUGAAUUCCAAAUGAACUUUAGUGCUUCUGUUAGUUACGUUGUUCAUGAACAAACAGUGCUUUAAUAUUCUGUGUUUCGAUGCCAGUAUGCCAUUGUGUACUAUGUAAAAUGUGCACAUUGUUCAAUAUACAGUGUUUGUAUAAUUAUGAAAAUAAAGUAU